UCACGUCCGUACGGCCUGCAGUGUGUCACGCGCGUCUCGGUCGUCCGCUCAUAACGCUCGCCGCCUCCCAGCCGUGUUUUCGGCGUGAUGUCCCGCCGCCGCCGCCGCGUUUACCAAGGCCCCGAACGAUUAUAACAAUUCAUCGCUAUUAUAUAAUUAACAAUACAAUGAAUUGUAAAAUUAUAUUACAAGACGUACUAAUACCAUUUCUAAACGUAGUAUAAUAUAAUCACUUAUAAUAUUAUUAAAAUAAUAUGAUAUUAUAAUAGUUGCGGUCUUCCGGGCUCCUGCGACACAGUUCGGACACGCGUAAAUAGAUUAUAUAAUUAAACGUAGUGUGCCGUCGGCCGACGGUUUGUUUUUCUUUUCGCACAGUUCGUGUCGGCGUGGGUCUGUGCGAUCCGCCGCCGCAUGUUCAAGACGGUGCGCGCCCAACAUGGCGCCGGCGACCUGGUGGCUGAGCUCGAGUACACGAUAUUGCCGCAGACAGACGACCGUUCGCCGUCCGUGUCGAGCGGCGAGGAAGAACCGCCGCCCUGUGGCACGGCGACCGCGUGCCACCGUAACCAUUUGCACCACCACAACCACCAUCACCACCAACCACAACAACAACAUCAGCAGCAGCAAAAACAACAACAACACCACUACCAGUACCGGUAUCACCAGCACAACAGGGACUCGGCGCCGCAGCCUCAGCCGCACCACCAUCACCACCACCAUCACCGCAGAUCGUCGUCCUCGUCUUCCUCUUCGGCGACGGCCGACGACAGUGGCGGAGGUGGUGGUGCCGGUACCCGGCGCACCGUCGUCGUCAUCAUAGCCAUGCUGGUGCUCGGGUGCGGCGUGGUGGCGGCCGCCGUGCUGGUGCCCAUACUGUUGGCCGCCAGACUGGUAACCGUGCCCGCCUCUGCCCGGUUACAGACGUUCGCUGUGGCAGCGUCCGGCGUCAUUCACUCGGCCCGUGGCGACUACGUUCAAUUGCUGCCGGUCAAGCACGCGCCGCCCGGCACGGUCAUCAAUUUCGGACCCCCGCCGCCCCCGCCACCGCCGUCCACGGGCCGCCGGCGUAAGAGACGAUCGGCCGCGGUGGUCAGGCCGCGGCGGAGGCGGCCGGUCGCUGACGCCCGACACAGGAAACCGGUACGGACCGACGACGGCUUCCGGUCAUUGGACUUCCGGAUUAGUCAAUAGCGACGGCAAAAGUUUCCGGUUUUGUGCGGACCGAGAGUGAAGUCGGAUAUGGCAAAAACAAGGAUGCGAUUCCCACUAGACCGCCAGUGAAAAUAUACAAGCCGUAGCGAGUAAAUUAUUGUUUAUAAUAACGAUACUAUAUUAAUACAAACUAAUUUAUAAAUAUUAUUACUCGUUGAUGUCGCGUAUAUAUAACUUAUUAUUAAAAU